UCCGUUGGUUUCACCUGCUCACGGCCAAUAUGCUGAUGAGCACUCAGCCAUCCCAGAAGACGCUGGAUGUGUCCUCCAAUUCAAACGAGGCAUUUGAAUUGACACCGCAACUGAAUAUUAACUGAUGUGUUUUACUAGCAUUAUUUGCAAGAACUUACAUUUUUAAAUUUACAACGGCGGUUAUCGUGCACCCUGGCUGCAAUCAGCUGUUUUUGGCCCUACUACAACACUAGUCUUCUGAACCGCGCACUUUGACAGCUGUUCGUUUUGAUUCUUGCGGUAUUUUGAAGUUUCGUCGUUGUUGUAAAUGUGCCGGUUCUGUAAAUUGCAACUGAAAUUGUGGCUCCUUCUGGGAAACUCCAACUUCAAUGGUGAUGGCGAUGGCGAGCGGUGCGGUGAGCGCCGAUGAUCAAAUGCCCAGCUAUAUUUGCCUGGACUGCCACUUGCUGUUCGAGCACAGCUACCGCUUUAUGCAGAUGUGCAAGCGAGGUGAGACAGCUCUCCGGCAGUUUCCAUUGACAGGAAUUCUUCCGGCACCGCUGGCAAAACCACGUCCUCCGACGAAGACACCUGCGGUCGUAAAGACAAUCCCCGAACGACAGCCCAAGAAAUUGCUAAACACCCUGGCCAAUUCAAAGACUGUGAUCAUUGAAGAUGUCCAGGUCUUGGAGACCAGUUCGUUGGCUAAAAAGCUGGCCGGCACAGCCGCCCCUUCGAUUUACAAGUCGUAUCAGAUGAAGGUGGAGAAUAACCAGGAGCUCUCGAUGGACGAUGUGCAGAAUAUGAUGGAGGAUAUGGCCAAUGAACUGGAUGAACAAAUAUCGGCACCAGCACCACUACCGGAGGUUCCAUCGCCACCUGUGCAGAAGAAGUUGCCAAUCAAACCGAAGGUUCUGAAUAAGCCCUCCGUUCGGAUAUUGAAUAAGGGCGCCAUCGUUGCUGCGGAGCCCGAACUGGCCACGACCCAGAUCAAACGUGGUCGAGACGGCAAUGUGGCAAUUGUCGCGGAAAUUAUAGGUCCAAAUACUGCUAUACCCCACCCAAGUGAAGAUGCCACUAAGGACGCUGCUCUCGUGGCAACCAAUGUCUUCUCCUGUCCUGACUGCGAGCGCUCCUUCCCCCUUCUGCAGCUGCUAGAGAUCCAUCGCCUGAACCAUACACGCGCCCGCAGCUUCCAGUGCGGCGACUGCAACAAGGCCUUCUUCUCCAAGUACGAUCUGCAGAAGCACAAAUUUAUCCACACCGGCGAAAAACCCUUCGCCUGUAGCGUCUGUGACAAGGCGUUCACGCGGCGAGCCCUGCUCCAUCGCCACGAGAGCUCGCACACGUUCGCAUGGCGGACCGAGUGCUCUAUGAGACUGUUAAAGCUCUGGUGCGACUCCUUGCAGAUGCUGCAGACAAACGAGGCCCCCGCAUCCUGCUUGUGCAUGCGCAGGUGCCUGGACAGAUGGGGGGAGAGAAUAUACGAUGAAAAGAUGAAAAGAAAUACGUUGUGCAAUGAAAAGAAAAUGAUAUCGGUGCGGUGGAGAAGCACAUGACAACGCACAAGGAGGGCGAGAGAUUUGCCUGCGAAUUUUGCGACUUGAUCUUCCUGAGCUCAGAUCGCCUGCAGAAACACAUCGAGGAUGAGCAUGUUCUGGACAUGGACAUGUAUCAGAAUGAUGGCGACAGGGUUUCGAACCAGAGUGAUGCGGACCCAGAUAUCCUUGUAAAUUGCGCUGAUCUCGACGAGGAAGAGCAGAAAUAUUUGCUGCAAGAACUGCUGCGCGAUGAUUCGUCGUCCCCGCCGCCACCUGUGAAAAAACGCAAAGUGAAUCCACCAAAGGAGAAGCCAGACGCGGACACUGAAGCCCUUGUUUUUCCCAAACGUACACGACUGGCACGGAUUUCAGAUCUCGUAAAAGAUCAACCCGAAAAUUCGCAGAACUCCAGACAACAGGCUGCUGCGACUAGGAAGAGUCCUCCUGUAGCUCCUGCCAAAAAGGGACGUCUGCUGAUCAAAAACGGGAAUUCAUCGAAAAAUUAUAGGCAAUAAUUUAACAUUACACAUAAAAACUUAAUUAUAGCGUACUUAUUAAACGAACCGCAUCGACUUUGUCCUGGA